GAACUUUUCCAUGUUUUCUAACUUAAAUGAACUAAGAACAGAAAUAAUGACCAGUAUGGGAAUUUCACGAUGGUCUCCCUCUACUAUCAACUCAGAGCUUACAAAUGUUGUCAGCAGUCCUGACACUCCUUACAAAUAUGCAAUUUCUGGAGGGCUGAGACCAGGGAUGGCUUUUUAUGUCCAAGGAGUUGUUUCUAGUCAAACGUUUAUGAUGGAUUUUCAGACAAACGAGGAGUCUUGUGAUGACAUCGCUUUUCACUUAAGGCAUAAGCUCAAUGCCUUGACGUGCUGUAACAGUUUUAGGCAUGGGAGGUGGGAGAAACAAGAACACACAUCAGAAUAUAAACUUUCUGAAGGAUCAGCAUUUGACAUCUUUAUUGUAAUCAAAACAGAAGGCUAUGAGGUAUAUUUAAAUGGAAAGAGAUGUUACCUGUUCAAGCACCGCAUGUCACUGGAAAAAGUCAAUGCACUUGAAAUUUAUAGAGAUGUCAUAAUUAACACCGUUGGCAGUGUCAGGAACUGGACCACAUCUACCUUUAAUAAAGAACUAAACUCAGGCAUCUCACGCACAAAACUUUCAGACAUCCAGUAUGAUAUACCACAUCCAGUCAGCAGCCCGAUCAAAGCAUAUUCUGGACCAAUCCCUGGAGGCCUGAGAGCUGGUGUUGCUUUGUUCUUCCAAGGGGUUGUUGCUUCAGAUUGUGAUCCUUCAAAAGAUAAAUUUGCACGCUGGGGCAUAUAUUUAAGACAUUGCAUUCCACUUCAACCCCCGCAUGGACUCUGUGGUCCUUAACAGCUACACGAAUGGUAAAUGGGACGAUCAACUUGAUAGACCAGGAGGCCCAUUUGUCAGAGGAGGAGCCUUUGAUAUAAUCAUGGUUGUUAACCCGGAAAACUAUGAGGUUUGAUAUUUUAAAUGAAUUAAACAAUGGCUGAAAUUUUAAACAAACUGAUUAAAUAUGGGUCAAUUUUAUUCGUCCAGGUGAUUGUGAAUGGCUUGAAAUAUUGCACGUUUGAUCACCGUAUACCAGUGGACAAAGUGACUACACUUGGAAUUGAUGAAGACGUCUUCAUGAACAACUUCAGCAUUAUUGAACUAGUGAAAACUGUUACCCUGAAAAUCACCUAUCCUGCAUAUAUUUGAAGAUUCAGAACCUCCC